CAGUCACCCCAGUGAGAGCCAUUUUCGAACUUUUUACCUCAAAACUUCACAAAGAAAUCGCGUUUCGCGCGUAGAAAUGUACCCCGAGUGACAAGUUAGUGCUAAAUCGAAAUGAUUAACGCGUUCAUGGACACUGGCCAUCAUCAUUUGGCUACUUAUGGUCUGAAGAUGUCUCCAGGCCACAACGGAGGAGCUGGGAGCAUUCCAUCGCCUCACCAGAACCCCGCUGCGGCAAUGACAGCGCCAGAAGUCGGACCCGGUCACCAGAACCACUUUCAGAGUAAUUAUGGACACAUGGGGCAUCUGAAUCCUCAUGCUGGUUACGCCGCUAGAGACUUUUUAUUGCGGAGAGAUCACCACGACUUUCCUACGGCUCAAACAGCGCCUAGUGAUCCCGUGUUGUUUCACCAUCACACUGAGAUGCCCCCUCAUCACAAUCCUCAUCUUACACCUCACCACCAAAUGCUCUAUUCGCGAACGGAUCACCACGCUGCCUACCAUACCCAGCCGAAUCAUCACCAGUACCUUAAUCCCCACAUGGGAAUGCCCCAUCACCCUUCGAACGUCCACGGGGCUUUCUUCAGGUAUAUGCGGCAGCCUAUCAAGCAGGAAAUGCAAUGCUUGUGGAUAGACCCUGACCAACCUCCUCCUAGGAAAUCGUGUGGUAAACAUUUUACUAGUAUGCAUGAAAUAGUGUCACAUUUGACUGUUGAACAUGUGGGGGGCCCUGAGUGUACGACACACGCUUGCUUCUGGCAGAACUGUUCGCGAAAUGGGAGGCCCUUCAAAGCUAAGUACAAGCUGGUGAACCAUAUUCGGGUGCACACGGGAGAGAAGCCCUUCCCGUGUCCGUUUCCAGGUUGCGGGAAGGUUUUUGCCAGGAGUGAGAAUCUCAAAAUACAUAAAAGAACGCAUACAGGCGAAAAACCGUUCAAGUGCGAAUUCGAAGGUUGUGAUAGGCGUUUCGCCAACUCGUCAGACAGGAAAAAACACUCUCACGUUCAUACGUCAGACAAACCCUACAACUGCCGAAUAGCAGGCUGUGAUAAAUCGUACACUCAUCCCUCAUCUCUCAGGAAGCACAUGAAGGUACACGGUUGCUCUGGAAGGUCACCUCACCACUACGAAAGCGACGGAGAAGAAUCAAAUUCCUCAUCGGCGGGAAGUAUAUCCGUCGCUGCCUCUCCUCACGUCCAGAUGCCCUCACAGAUUCCUGGCACUACCUCGUUAAGUGAUUGGUACGUGUGCCAACCCACACCAGCUCCCCCGGAUCCUCUGGGAAGCUUAGGACACUUUGGAAAUCUUCAUCACAGUGGUGCGACGGCAGCCUAUUAGUCUUCUUUGUUUAUUUUCGUGUUUGGUUUUUAAAUAUUCUUUGUAAUGCACUGAUUUUUGAACUCGGAGGAUAAGAAAUAACCAAAAAUAAUCAAAAUAAUUUUUAGUUUAAGUGGAGAGUCAGUUUUUUUACUUUUUAUAUUGAUUUUGUUUUAAUAGUAAAAUUUUCAAGCCCUAAUAGAACCUGUGAUAGAACCGUAAAUUUAAUAAUUCAAAAUGUGUUGACACUAUCUACUUAUAGUGCAAUCAACAGCCAUUUUAUAGUGGAAUUUUGAGAAUCGAGGUCGAUUUCCUUGAAAAUUUUGAUUUAGGUAGUACAUAUUUAUAACCUUUGUCAAAAUCUACCCUACGUUGAAGCGGGCUCUUGUCCUGGGGGUGGAAACCACCCCAUCUAGGGGAUGAAAAUUUUUUCAAUUAAAAUAAAGCUUUCAAAUGGGCUCGGCUAACAGUUUUUUGCAUAAGAAUUGACUGACUUAUGACGAAAAUAAAGUCGCCCCUUGCUUUCUUUUAGAAAUGUCACAAUUAAACCGUUGUCAUUACAAUCCUAAUAGAAAUAAAUAGCUUCCCACUUGAAAUUAUACUUAUUUCUGUACCAAGUCAGUAAAGUUACUCUUUGUGGAACGAGUCUGAUAUUAUGAGCAGAGCGAGCAUGGCGAGCGAGGCGAAUAACAGACGAGUUUGAUAAAGAGUCUUUACUGACGUGGUGCAUACAAAAUUUUAUCGCCAACAAUUUGAUAUUGGUUUUAACACUUACUUACAAUUUACAAUUUAAAAAGUUUUUAAAUUUUAGACAUCAUAAUAAUUUCAUGACACUGAUGACAGAUAACUUUUGCAAGAUGGCCGCUUUCGAUUUUUAAUCGAUAUAUAUCAAUAUUGAAUAAUUACUAAAUCGGUUUUAAAUUAAAAAAGUUUUAAUUUAUCUAUAAAUAUGAAUAUAAUUACAAAAUGCUACAGAAUUUUCCUUUUUUGACAUAAAUUUAAUUGAUAAUAUCGCCAAUUGUGUACAAUAUUUUUAAUAAUUAAAGUAAAUAAAUUUUAAGUUCACUGAAGUACUCGCCAUUCGAUUAAUCUCGCCAAUCUCGGUUAAUUUGAUUAAUCGCGGCAGGUAAAGUAAAAUUCUUCUUUCAGUACAAUAAAGUGUUACUUUACUGCCGUAAACGAGGGCAAAUGAGUACAAUAAUGAAUGACUUUAGUGACGGUUGGCGAUAAAAUUUAUUAUUUAGGUAUAAUUGAUACGAUUCAUGUGAUUUGACCGGUUUGGAAUGCUUAGUUUAGAAAAAAAAAGUUGAUUAAAUUGAAAAUGACAUUUUUAUAAUUUACAAAAAACGUGCAUUGUUCUUAAAUAAACCUAAAAGUAUUCAUGAUAAAAAGAAUUAAAAUUUUUAGUUUAAAAAUUGUACAAUUAAUAUUUGAAACAUUUUUUCAUAUUAUGAAUACUUUAGAUUUAAUUAAGUAAAAUGCACUUUUUUUUAAUUAUAAACAUAUCAUUUUCGAUUUAGUCAACUAUUUUUUCUAAAUUAAGCAUUUCAAACCAGUCAAAUCACAUGGAUCGUAUCAAAACCUAAAUAAGGUUAAUUUUUAAUGAACUAAAAGAUGUGUUUUAAAAGUUUUGUCAAGAAAGUACACCACAUUCGAGUUAUUUGAAAUUGACGGUUCUCCAUUUCGAGGUCCUUCGAAAAUAACCAUCCUUAAAGAGCAAUAACUCAACAAUCUUUUUGUUUUUUUAUUAGCGACAAUUUUGGUCUGAAUAUUUUUUAUUAAAUUAAAACUUUUUAAGUUAUUCAUGAAAAACGGUUAUAAAACGUGAGUUUUUUUAAUGAAAAAUACAUACUUUCAAUCGCUAAUAACUUAGAAAGUAUCAACUUUGCAAAAAAAUUUUAUAGAACAAAAUUUACUCAGCAUUGGUCAAUCCAUCAACUUCCAUAGUAGACCAGUAAGGAUCUGUGAAAAAACGUCUAUUUUUGGAUGUGAGAGGUGACAUUCGGAUUUUUGCAGAUAAAGUUAGGUGACACCUUCAGUAAUAAUAAUUGACUUAUGCUCCUUCUCAAAUAUGCCCGGAACAUUAAUAAAAAAAUUAAAAUAUUUAAAAAUUUCUAAAAACGUCGAUUUUUUCUGCUUUCUCUGCUUUCUUUUAAAACGAUUCGUUUUGGAACAAAGUCGUAGAGAAAUAAAAUAAAGAUAAUUGAAUUUUGUAUGAUAUACGACUGGUCAAAAAUGUCUUAACGUAUUACCUUUUCUGCAAUAUAGCAAUAAAUACAAAAUAAGGGGGCAAAAUACGCCUGUUAUUAUUCAAUGUUUUUAACCACUUUGGUGGCACUUAGAACCUUAGGUAUUCGCUUAGGAAAUUCUUUGUAACAUACUUAAACCGUGUACCAAAUUUCAUUAAAAUCGACCUAAUACAUUUUGCAUAAUAAAUUUGCAAUCUAAAUGUUUUUAAAAAAGUUCAAAUUUUUCAAAAUCUGAACAAAAAUUAGACCAUUUAGAAGUUGUCUAAUUUUUUACAUAUAAAGAGGUGCUCUACCUAUCUAAUACACUUUACAGAAUUAAAAUCGGAUUAUUUAAGGGGCUUCAGCAAUGUUUUAAACUUAUAAACAAUUUUUUGGCUUAUAAACAAAUAGCUUUGUUUAAUAAUAAAGAAAUUAAUUUUUUAAAACCGGUAUAAUUUGACUUAAACUUUCAAAUGCGGUCAGCAGAAUUGCUAUUUUAUUUUUUAAUCAAAAGUUAUUCGCGUUCAAAGAUUGCAUUUUUCGAAUUUUUGAAAGUUCCACUGUGUUUAUCUCGAAAACUAUGCAUCCUACGAAAAAACUUGUAAGAACUUUUUUUGCUUAGAAUUACCCAAGAAAUACAAAAAAAUGUUUUAUUUUGCGAAAAAUCGAUGUUAUGUAAUUCCUCAAGUUCUUUGUUUAUAACAAUCUUAUCGACAUCCGGAUCAACUGUUACCCAAAAAAAUCGUGUUCUACUGGUCAAAAAAUACAUAAAAAUCUUAGGUAAGUCCAUCUAAAUAAAGGAGCCCGUAGCACCCCCUCCUGGCCACAGGACUAAUUUGUUUAUAAGCCAAAAAAUUGUUUAUAACUUUAAAACAUUGCUGAGGCUGCUUAAACAAUCCGAUUUCAAUUCUGUAAAGUGCAUUAGAAAGUUGGAGUGCUUCUUUAUAUGUAAAAAAAUUGACAAAUCUUUGUAUGUACUAGUUUUUGUUGUGCAAGAUUUUUAAAAAUUUUAAUUUUUUAAAAAAAGUUUAGAUUGCAAAAUUUUUAUUCAAAAUCUAGUAAGUCAAUUUUAAUGAAAUUUGGUGUACGGUUUUAGCACAUUACAAAAACUUUCUAAGCGAAUUAGGAAGGUUCCAAGUGUAACCUAAGUGAUGAAAAAUCAUUGAAUAAGGACAGGCUUGUUUUGCCCCCUUAUUUUAUAUUUAUUGCUAUUUUGCAGCAAGGGUGAUAAAUUAAGACAUUUUUAACCAAUCGCAUCUGAUAGAAAAUAUUUAAUUAUCUUUGUUUUAUUCCUAUACGACUUUGUUCCAAAAUGAAUCGUUUUAAAGUUAUAAGCAAAAAAAGUAGAAAAAAAACGAAAUUUUUUGAAAUUUUUAAAUAUUUUAUUUUUUUUAUUAAUAUUCCGGGCAUAUUUGAGAAGGAGCAUAAAUCAAUUAAUAUUAACGAAGUUAUCACCUAACUUUAUCCGCAAAAAUCUGAAUGCCACCUCUCACAUCCACCUAAAAACAGAUCCUUACUGGUCUAUAGUUAUUUUGAUUUGAUUGUAUUUGAUUUGAGUAUUUGAUUGAAAAAAAAAAUUCAUCUCCUAGAUCGGGUUGUCUUCACCCCCGGGCAAAAGCCCGGUUCGGCAUAGGGUAGUUUUCGAAGAAGAGGGUCAACCGAGCUUAAAUCCAAAUUAAAUCCGUGUUGAUUCUUAAAAUUCCACGGUUUUACAGUUUUUUCCUGUUUUCUGACAGCAGUAGAAUGUAUCUUCUUUUUUGUGUCAAUUAAUUUAAUUCAAAAUAAUUGUUCUUAGACACACUGUAUAAAUAAUGAUGUCAAUGUUUAUAUUACUGAAUAAAAAAGCAUAUUACAGAAUCAUAAUAUGGCAUAUUUAUGAUUUUCAUGACUUGAAGAUGCUCUUUUCAAUCUUUGUAUAAUUACUGUAUUCCUUCCUUGUUCUUGUCUUGUCACAAAUGUGUUGAUCAAUAUAAUUAAAUUUAUCUAAAAUCUAAAUCAGUUAUUUUUAUAAAAAAAUUCACACAUAAAUAAAAAUUUCUAAUUGGAUACGUCACACCUACACUAACAGCUGGAGUUGCAUUUUCCUAGACGAGGAUAAAAUAAUCAACACAUUCUUGCUGUUAGUGUUUUUCAAAGAUUUGAUUUAUUUGUAUUUAUGACAAGUCAUAUAACGUCAAAAUAAGCUUUAUGGCUUCAUUAAUAAAUCAUUAAUAAUUAUGUUCCGUCUAAUCAAAAGUGAUUUUAUGGUUGAGUUACUACUACUCUAGCUGAAAGGUUACUCAAAGAAAUGUUUUUUUUUUCAUUAUGGUUUCACUUUGUCUUUCAAAACUGUUAUUAUUUUAUCUUUUUUGGUAUUGAUUCUUUAGUUUUUCUUUAAAAAGUAGAGACAUAGCUGGCUUGUAUCAUAAAAACUCAUACAAUUGUAGAGUCGACUGGGAAAAUGAUGAUAAAUGAAGAAGAAAUUCGGAUAACUUGGUAUACCUACGAAAUAACCUAUUAACCCUAGAACAUAGAGAUUUUAAGACCUACUUAAGAUCUAUUUAAGAAAAGCAGAAGAUAGAGAUUCAUUUCAUUGAACACUACGAACACUAAUACUGUUGAUUUCAACAAAAUCGCAUAAAAGAGAUGAAGAGCGUAGGCGCCAAAUUUCGGACAAAUGCUUUUUAAAUGCAUUCCUUAUUUUCGAAUCCUGAGAAAACUAAUAAAUAAUCAACUAUUUUCAAUGGUAAAAUUGUGGCUUAUUUUCCAUUGAAAAUAGUUGAUUAUAAAAAUGCCACAAGGAAAUAGCUUUAGAACAAAACUAAUAAAUAUUUUUGAAAAAUUUAAACGCAGAAUGAAAGACUACAUUAUUACCGAGGGCCGAAAAUCCCUUAGAAUAAACAAUGAAUGAGAUAUUUGAAAUUAAAAAACACAUUAAAUUUUCUCUUUUUUUUACCCCUGUGACUUAUUAAAAUAAACAUAGAAGUUUUCAGAGACUUUCGGCCCUCGGCGAUAAUGUAAUAUUUCAUUCAGCGUUUAAAUUUUUCAAACAUACUUAUUAGUUUUCUUAAGAUUCGAAAAAAAUGAAUGCAUAUAAAAAGCAUUGCGCCUAUGCUCUUAAAAAAAUUGCUUACGGGAUUUCUCAACGGGCCGGAUAAAGUAAGCAAAAGGGCCGGCUCUUGCCCACCCCUGCAGUAAAAGUUUGUUAUUAUUCAUAAGUCCCUUUUGUCUGUUUUUGUCUUUAGAAUUUGGACUUAUUUUACUUGUCUUAUUUUGUCAAAUGCAUUUUCAAUAUCAACGUACCAAACAUGCACAUCCACAUUCAUAUCUACGCAUCUUUAAGUUAUCACAUUAAAACCAAAUAACGUCUCGCUGGCUUCCAGUCCGUUUCUGAACCCAAACCAAAGAAUAUAGACGUGAGUAGAAGGGUACUGCCCCGUAACGUUUUAGCAUAUGAUUUUGUGUUCCCACUGAGUAGGUGCACAGACCUGACAACGACUACGGAGCUUAUGCGAUCUCACCACCGCCCGCACCGCGGCCGCAACAUCCCUCGUCAACAAGCUUGCUUUGAAGUGACAAAUAAACGUGACCGUCUGUUCCAUAUAAAAGCUUCUUCUAGAAGAGUAUAUAUGAAGAGCUUAUGUCCAAAGUGUCUUAAAUCCAAAAUUUCGAUUUUUUAAUUUUUUUUAAUCUUUAUAGAUUUCUUCAGGUCUAGAAUAAAGUUUUAGGUACCAAAACGACUUAUUUACCAUUUAAAAGUGCAUAUGAAAAUUGUAAAAUUGUAUAAUUUCUAUGUUAAAUUUAUAUGAAAAUCUGUAAUUUCUGAGGUUUACUAUUACAUGGAUUUAAGACACUUUGGAAAUAAGCUCUUCAUAUAUUCCUUGCCCAAACUGACUUUCACCUAUUCCCUCUUCCAGUUUUUUAUUUAUACGACCAUGAACUAUCUUCAAGAAUUAUUUGAUAACUUGACUUUUCAAAUUUCUAAUAUCCUCAGUAUUUGGUUUUUACUAUGACCGUUAGCUGAGAGUUUUAUAUUAAGUAUUCCGAAAUUUACUUUGGUAACUUUCUGCCAACGUUUUUUCUUUACACUUAUCACUUAAUGUUCCUAUUUAUUAUUAAUGAUCCUACAGGUCUUUCUUGAUAAUGUGUGUCGCGGUCUGCCCAUCUGUCUCUGCGAUAACUAUCAAAGGAAAAGUCCCAAUGUCCUGAAAUUUGUCGUUCCACGAUUUAGAAUAAAUAUUACUACCCAUCACAUAACUAUAAAAAUGGAUCGAUUUACCAAAAAUAUUUUUGGUUUUACAUUCCGGUUGUAUAAACUCAAUAAAAAUGCGUCUUGUAUGAUACACGCACCUGCCUUUUUAUGAAGUUUUAAAUGAUGAACAUUUAUAACUGUGUAGUAAAUCAAGAUUUCGGGGUAAAGAGCGGUCAAUAGUAUAAAAAUAAUGUUAUAAUCUCACAUAAACUAUAGUCCAAUCACCUUUAAUUCAAAAAAAUUCAUUAACAAAGAUAUUUAAAAGUAACUAUGUUUUCUCUCAAUUUUUAGAAGCAUUUUAGAAAUUAGUUUUGUAAUUUGAUUUCAAGCUAUAAGGUUAAUGUAAAUAAAAAAUAAUUUAAUAGAGAUUGUUUGGUUUAUGUUAUCAACAGAAUUGGAACUAGUGUCACCUGUCACCCAUCACCUGUAAUCUGUCAUCCAUUACCUGUCAUCUGUCAUUCAUCACGUGUUAUCUGUCAAUUGUUAUCAUCUAUAUAGAUUCCUACUUUAUUUUAAAGUUUCGUUAUUUUUCGCAAUAUAAAAUGCAAAUAUUUUAUACUACUAUUUUUGCAAGAAUUUUUUUGCUACAUAGAAGAAAAAAUCUCUUGUGUUGCGUUUGUUUUAGAACUGUUGUAAUAAAAUUCAUGAUAUUUUAAGUAUAGACACAAAAUCCACACCAAAGACAGACGAUACACUGUUGUUGUGCGUAUUUAUAUGCAUAUUAGACUGAUUCUAUGAUUCAUUUUAUAUAAAACCCACAAGGAAAAUAAUUUUUUGUAGUCGGCUGUAUACCAUUAAUCACAAAAAAUUAGUUUAAAUCCUUUAUAAAAGGUAUAUUUAAUUUAAAAAAUUCUCUUGAAGGGCUACAUCAGAGAAUGUUUUCGAACUAAAUAGUUCAUCAUCAGUGCUGCUAACAGGUUUAACAUGCUUGAGCCACCAAAAUAUAGGGGUGAAAACCCUUUAAAUGUUAUACAGUUGUAGAAAAUUUACAUGUUUAUAUGAAAUUAAGUGUGAUGUUUAAAACAGCUACUGAAGUUGCUAUUUAGAGUUCGUAAUGUGAGGUUAGAGCAUAUGGACUAGAUAUAAACACCAGCAAAACCAAGCUAAUGAUCAUCAGCAAGCAAAACAUAACUGAAGCAAAUCUGUAUGCGAACCAAAUGAGAAUUGAACGUGUCCCACAAUACAACUACUUGGGAACUAUAAUCAAUGAGUCGUGGGACAAUACUCAAGAGAUUAGAUGUCGCAUCGGAAAGGCAAAAAGUGCAUUCUUGACUAUGAGCUCUGUUUUCAAGAGCCAUGACCUCACCCUAAAAACAAAAAUAAGACUCGUUAAAUGUUACGUGUACUCAGUGCUUCUAUACGGAGUAGAAACGUGGACAUUGAAGGCAGAAACUCUAUCGAAACUGCAGGAUUUUGAGGUAUGGUUGUACAGAAGGAUCCUGAAGAUACCAUGGACAGACAAAAUCACCAAUGAAAAAGUACUACGGAGGAUGAACACAACCGCAGAUUUAUUCAACAUCGUGUAAGCUGCAGUACUUGGGACAUAUAAUGAGAAAUCAAGGCAGAUACGAGCUACUCCAAUGCAUUUUACAAGGUAAUAUUGAAGGAAAAAGGGCCCCAGGACGAAGAAGAAUAUCCUGGCUUGCUAACCUGAGAGCAUGGUAUAGAAAGACGUCGACACAACUAUUCCGUAUAGCAACCAACAUAGUCAUCAUAGCCAGAAUGAUCGCCAACGUUCGGAACGGACAGGCACCCUAAGAAGAAGAAUGUGAGGUUCUGCCCCUCGGACUAACACCCCACGUGUUGUGGGGAUUCCUAUGUAAAAUCUAAGAAUAUUUUAAACAUCAUACCUAAUUUCAUAUAAAUAUGUAAAUUUUCUCCAACUGUAUAACAGUAUAAGGGUUUUAGCCCUAUAUUGUGGUGGUUCAAGCAUGUAAAACUUAUUAGCAGCAAUGAUGAUGAACUUUUUAGAUCGAAAACUUUGUGUGAUGUAGCCCGAAAGGGAUUUCUUUUUAAAAUAACAUAUACCUUUUAUAAAGAACUUUAAGGGGUUACAUAGGUCUUGCGGUUAAAAAAAGUGACUUUUGAAAAAAAUUGUAUCUCGAAAACUAAAAAUUAUUUUUAUUUAUAAUUUCAACAUGUAAAAGGUACUUAAGUACUUAAGGUACUCUCAAAAAAAUUUUCAGCCAAAAAUAUUCAUUUUUGUAGAGUUGACUGCAAUUUUUCGACAGCAGCCCUUUUUUUGCGGUGGGCAGAAUAAUUAAGUCCAGUCUCAUCUGAAAUCAAAAAGUCAAAAAGUUUCUUGUAGUUUAUACCUCUGGCUAGUGAAUUAAUGAAGGAAUUUUUAUUAGGCGAAGUUGUUUUUGUUUUAUAAAAAAAACUACUUUAAAAAUGGUAAUUUUUGAAAAAAUUAGAAAAAUUGGGGUCGAAAAUGUGUUUAAACUGAUGUAAAAUCUUCAAAUUUCAUUUUCUUUAAAUUCAUUCGUUCAUUCAGAUGUAUAAGCCUUCAUUCAUUCAGCCUAGCCAGAUGUAUAAACUAUAAGAAACUUUUUGAUUUUUUGAUUUCAGACGAGACUGUACUUAGUUAUGCUGCCCACCGCAAAAAAGGGUUGUUUUCCGAAAAAUUGCAGUCAACUCUACAAAAAUGAAUAUUUCUGGCUAAAAAAAUUUUUUUAGAGUACCUAGGUACUAUACUUUUACAUGUUCUAAUCAUAAUUAAAAAUAAUUUUUAGUUUUCGAGAUAUAAUUUUUUUAAAAAGUCACUUUUUUUACCCGCAAGACCUAUGUAACCCCUUAAUUAAUUUUUUCAUUUUAUAUUUUAAUAACAUUAGGCAUUUUAAAUUCAGCACAAAUAGAGAGUGUAUUUCUUAUCCAAUUUGAAAAUCAGUGUAGCCCUGACUGUGAGUUAAAACUAAAAGCAUAGAUGUAUUUUAUUAUGUUUUCGUGCAAUUUUUUGACCGAGUGAGUUUCCUGGUUAAAGAAGUCUUCGUUGUUCUAUUUAUGGAUAUUAUAACUGCGUUGUAGUUGCGGCUGCAACCAGAUUAUACUGUAUAUUUGUAUAAAUUAUUUCAAUUUAUUGCAUAAGGCUACAAAUGUAUAAAGCGACAAAUUUUAAAUGUAAAUAAUAAUGUUUGAUCAUCAGGGAUCUCUGUAUAUCUAUAUAAUUAUAAAUUUAUUAAAAUAUACGAAAAU